CUGCCUGUCAUAUCACAUGUACAUGAAAGCUAUCAGUAGCGAGAUUCACAUUUCAAGUACUAGUUCCUUUUUUAGAGGAAAUGUUUAACCAGCUGUUGAGUUUUGUGUUAAUUUUGGCCGUUCCUGUCUUAUCAUUCCCGCCACAGACUGUGCCCGGUGAACCCCACACAAGGUCACAUCGUGAAAUAACGAUAGAGGGCGUGUUCCGAGGUGUGGCCAGGGUUUUGCAAUCUAACGCUCUGGUGAACACAUCCCACACGGACGCGAAACAAAUCGUCAGGGACUACUUCGAAUCUGACGCAGAUGGAUUCGAAACAUUUUACAAUGUGAUACUGACGAUCAUUGAUCACGAAAACGAGGUUCAGAAAAAUAGCCAAGGAUUAGCAUAUGUUCACGUCAAUGGUGAACAGAUUUACAGAGCGCACAUGUACCUCUGCAACCUUAGACUUCGAAUACAAACAAUCAUUGGAACACAUCCUUUGGAUAAAGAUUAUCUACUGGUUUGCAUCGGCCAGUAUCUCUACACGUUGCAAGAGUUUUACAGUAACACCAAUUGGAUAGAAAUGAAGGGAGUCACAAUCAACAAGAAUUUAGGCCUUGUCCCAAACCUUGGAUACGAGGUGUGGGCAUUAUCGGAGGACACUUGUGACAACUGUGAAGACAGACCUUGCCGGAAUAACGACUACAGAGAAGGAAAACUGACUAGUGGUUACAAAAGCGGUCAAGACAUUCAUAAACCAGCCAAACCAAGCGACUAUCAGUCCGGGAAAUGUAGCCAUGGAGGCCUGGGAGACCGGAGCUCCAAAAUUCCGGCACGAGGUGGAAUAAACAAGGAACGAUUUAAUGUCACCUUCUCUCCUCACUAUUACUUGCACCCGCAAGCAUCAGAAGCAGCUGUCAUGGCAACCGAUUUUUUUAUUUCUGCAAAUAGUUCGGGCCUGGUUCAUCUGAUCGGAUUAAAAACGUUCCUUCAAGUUUUUAAACUUCGAAGGAAAAACACAAGGAAAGGAUAUUCCAUUGCGUUCGCCAUUGAUACCACUGGUUCCAUGUCUGACGACAUCAGAGCAGUGAUAAGAAAUUCUGUGAACAUUGUCACUAAUAUACAGGGAACAGAAAAUGAACCAGAGCGCUACGUUCUCACCACAUUCAACGACCCAGUGAAGGUAGGAAUGCGAUAUAACACGUCAGAUGGAUAUCAGAUGAUUCAGCAACUGCAGCUCUUACACGCCCACGGCGGUGGAGACUGUCCGGAGUACGCUUUGGCGGGAACUUUAGCAGCAAUUGAACUUUCCUUGCCUGGGUCCACGGUAUACGUGUUCACUGAUGCCGACGCAAAAGACAAGAGCGAAAUGUCCCAUGUUAUACAGGAAGCCAUACAACGUGACAUUUCCAUCAUCUUCAUGCUAACUGGAGUCUGUGGACGACGCACUCGAGACAAAAGGGACACACGACACACGAGAAGUACCGUGGACCAGUUUAACAAAAUUGCUCAAAAAACAGGAGGAUCUGUCCACGAAACAACAAAAGAACAAAUUGACGAAGUUAUGGAAACCGUCAUGGAGGAAACCUUGCCAUCUGCGGAUGUAAUAAACGAAGUAAAGACUAUAAGAAGUGGUAGUAAUUUAAAGAUAUUCAUCGACACGGAUUCAUCUGUGGUGAAAAUUGCAAUAAUGGGAAAGAGUAAAAAUCUAAGUAGCAAUAUACAACUGAGGAAUCCUAACGAUAUACAGAUUACAUUUAAUAAAGACAUUAGAUUCAUGUACAUGUCCACAAUGAAGCUUAAUAUUGUAACUAUGAAGAGUCCACUGCCUGGUGAAUGGAAUCUAAUGAUUGUAGACCCAGAAAACGAUUCCGUAACUGUGAAUAUAACAGCCCAAAGUUCACUAUAUUUUGCAACACAUCUCAUGGAAAUGGAUGAUGGAUUAUUAUCCGCUUUGGACGGAAACCCAAUAGAAGGGCACAGAUACAGCUUAAUGACGACAGUGUACAGUCUGGGAAAUGGAACUGUUGAUCGAAUGGGUGUCUUGACAAAAUCUGGAUUACAUUACAUUGAAAUUUUCCCAUUGGUUAAUAAUUCCACAAUUCAUACCAUAUUUCUAUCAGAAUUAAAGUUAAACACAACGGUUUCAGCCAUAGUGAUGGAGGGCACAGACGGACUAGGAUUUGAGUUCAGGAGAACACGAACUGUCUUCAUAGAACCCGUGAUGAUUGACCUUUCCGUUCAACAGAUCACAGAAGAGAAGAGAUAUGAUGAACCAUUCAAUAUCACAUUCACAAUCACAAACAAGGGCGAUUCCCCCAUUGAGCUCACAAUGACAAUUAACAUCACCCAGGGACGUCUGACGAACGGAGAUGCAGCAAUCCCAGUUUCUCUUCCUCCGUUCGACAAUUUUACGUCAAAUUUUCCUGUAAUCGGCACAAGUUCUUCACACACAUUAAAAUAUUCCAUUGGUGUACAGAAGAAAGGAGACUCCAUCGAUUUACAAAGGAAACAAAAUACUAUUAUGCUUACCCACAAACAACACCCAGAAUUUGUGCAUAUAAACAAAUCCAGUGAUUGCCCUAUCGCCUCUCUGAACACUGCCAACUGUUCUCUUUACUCCUGGAAGGCAGAUGUCCUUCUCCAAUUCUCUGAUGUCAACGUCACCAACAUCACGUUGUCGUCUGUCGCUCUACUAUUCUACGUCAAAAAUGAUUCGAGGAUAAACGUAUCUAUAAGAGGAGACUGCUGUACUCCGUCAACAGAGGUUCAAGUGUUUGACAGUGAUUUCUACUCGGUUGUUCAAUCAUUGGAUUUCUCGGGGGGUUUCACCGUUCAGUCCAUCCACAGUACUAGCAAGGAUGCGAGUCAGAAGGAAACAGAUAUUCUUCCAGUGGUCAUUGGGAGUAUUGUUGGUGUGCUGGCACUUGUGUGUCUCCUAGUGGUAGCAGUGACUUGUAUAAGAAGAAAUGCAAGGAUUGGAACAUGAUUGCGAAAAGAUGGAAUUUUUCCUAUUCAGUUAUCCUGACAGUAUAUUCAGACUAUGGAUUAUUCUGUAAUCAAUGCUGCUCACAUUUCUUUAUUUUUUAAAACUAUUUACAUAUGUUCUUAUUCAACUUAGAAUUUAUGAUUAUUUUUUAAGGAAUCCAACUAAUUGAAAGUACUAUUGUCCAUAUAUUGUUUUCUUCAGAUUCAGAUUCUUGAUUUCCUGCAGCUAUACAGCUCAUCGGUUUAAAUAUAAUAUAUUUACAAAUAUAUACAAAUAAGACAGUAGAGGGUGAGUAGACAUACAUAUACAUGUACAAUUUUGAGGAUAUAAAAUCAAUGCAUUUCAACUUGCAUGAUACAGUACACGUAUAUAAUAUGUCUUUGCAAGUACAAUAUUUCAUGAAUUACAUGAAGAUCUUAACUUUGUAGCCUGUUGUAGGAACUUUCCUAAAUUAUUGAGUUCUUUAGUAUUAUGUACACUAGGAAGCUUUACUGAUUUGAAGACAAUGGUUUUAUUUGUAAUAAAAUAGUUUGAUAUU